UAAUCUUGUUGUGAUAUUACUAAUACUCUGUCCUUUACUAGGUGUUACUUCUGCAUCUUGCAUGUAUAAUUGUGGCUACUACCUGGGAACCUGUUCAUGCGAAGAUUCUUGCCAAUACUAUGGCAGCUGUUGCCCUGACUUCCACGAUUACUGUGCACCUUCUACAACAGGAGGAUAUUAUACACCAGAUUCAUCAUCCUGUGGAGGACACCUCUAUGGCUCUGGAUCAUUUUCCAGCCCUAAUUACCCCAACUAUUACUAUGACAAUGCUCAUUGCAUUUGGUACAUAACUGCUCCUCCGGAACAGAGAGUAUUUUUGACAUUCAACGACAUUAACCUGGAGAAGUGCUGCGGCUGUGACUACAUCUCUGUGUAUGAUGGGCCCUCCUUGAGCUCCCCGUGUCUUGGCAACAUGUGCUUUAAUAGCACCACAGGAAUGUUCCACUCCUCCUCCAGAUACCUGACUGUUCUCUUCAGGACUGACUACACAGAGGUUGGCAGAGGCUUUCAGGCUGUUUACAGCAGUUCGCUUCCAGAAAGCUCAGGAAAAGUGGACUGCUCUUCCGACAAAAUGAAUAUAGUAAUUCAGGCUUCCUACCUCAGGAGAUUCGGGUACAGUGGCAGUGAUUUAUAUCUGAAUGACCAAUACUGCAGACCUCAAGUGUUUUCCUCCGAGACCAUCUUCAACUUCCCACUGAACACAUGUGGUACACGGCAAGAGUCCAGCAAUGGUAAAAUCGUCUACACCAAUAACGUGAGGGCUUCCGGGUCAGAAACUGGAGAGAUCACACGUCUGUCGGAUUUCCAGUUGCGGGUGGGUUGUUACAUGGAACCGGACACCACAGCCCAUAUUAUGUAUGAGGCCCUUGAGCAAGUUAACGGGAACAUCACAGGAAUCGGGAAGUUCAAUGCCUCCAUGGUCUUCUAUACCUCAAGCGACUUCUAUCACCCAGUGUUUGACUCACCCUACCGGGUGACUUUGAACGAGAACCUAUAUGUGCAAGUCCAGUUGCAGAGACGUUCCGACAGCCUGGUGUUGUUCUUGGACACCUGUGUCACCUCUCCCUAUGAAGAUGACUUUGAGACUCGGACAUAUGAACUGGUCCGCAGUGGCUGUAAAAAGGACAACAGCUACUACGCAUAUAGCAACAUUCCCAGAAGUGUCGCCCGCUUCAGGUUCCAGGCUUUCAAGUUUCUGCGCAUGUAUCCUUCUGUUUACAUACAAUGUAAAGUUGUUGUGUGUCAGGCCAACGACUUCAACUCACGCUGCACUCAAGGCUGUCGGACCCGUAAGGCAAGGUCCCUGAGCUCUACUCAUGGAGACGCAACUGUGAUCCUGGGGCCCAUCCAACUAAAAGGUACUCAAGACACAGAUGCAGGAGACGCCAUUGAUACAAAAGGCUGAGACACGGCAAAUAACAUCACAAUGUUUAUAUUGCCUACAAAAUCAUUCAUAUUGAUAGUUAUCGAAAGCAUUUAAAGAAAACCAUAAUAACUUACUUUAAG